UUUCGUUCUAAAUUUUUUAAACGAAAGUUGUGUUUUUUCUUGUGCUGUACGCGUUUCGUGUCAAAACUAAGGCUUAAAAAUGCGUUACGUGGCUGCAUACAUGUUGGCUGUUCUCGGCGGUUUGGAGAAGCCCAAAAAUGCUGAUAUCGAAAAGAUCCUCAGCUCUGUUGGUAUCGAAGCCGACAGCGAACGCUUGACCAAGGUCGUCAGCGAAUUGACUGGCAAGUCCAUCGAAGAAUUGAUCGCCUCCGGCCGCGACAAAUUGUCUUCCAUGCCCGUUGGUGGUGCUGCUGCUGUUGCCGCUGCUCCCGCAGCUGCUGAAGCCUCCGGCAAGAAGGAAGAAGAUAAGAAAUAAGAGAAGAAGAAGGAAGAAUCCGAAUCUAAAGAUGACGAUACGGGUUUCGGUCUUUUCGAUUAAACAACAUCCCUUUCACAGUUCCCAAUCACAACUUGGUCUUGUACGUGCAAAAGCUUGUCAAGCAUCUUUCACCAACAAAUUUGUGUUCUACAAACCACAUUCUCCAACAACCAGCCUUCAUUCAUUACAGCCGGUUUAAAAAAUUUUCAAGACUUUCUUUUAAUUUUUUUUUAAAUUUAAAAGAAUUUAACACAAUUGACUUAUUUUAAACCUUGUACAAAAUUUCAAAAAAUGAGGUUUUUAUUUCUGUGAAAUAAAAAUGUAGAAAAACUACAAGUUUUUACACGUUAAAAAAAAGGAAAAAAAAAAAAAUAA